AUGUCUCCUCCACCUUAUGUCAUGAUAGUACACCGUUAUGUCACAUAUGCACAUUUUUUAUUCGUUGCUGCAGAUGCAAUUCUGUCACCGAACAAGACUUAUGACAACUCGGAACGGAAGAUAUCAGUGACACACACUGACUGGCUGCUCCCUCCAGUUUCCCUCACCCAACCAACUCUCUGCUCGACUAUGUUGCUCCAACGGUUUCCUGUGCGGUCUGGAAGUUCUAACAACAAAACAGGUGGCUCACAGCCCAGAAGAGCUGGAUUGACGAGUGGGUUGUUGACACCAGCUACUGCUGGGGGGCCUCGGGGCAGGAGUCUUUCAGCAUCCUUUCAACGACCUCCUGCAACUGGGACCACAAGUCUUAUCCAGCGAGAAUGUUCACUGCUGGGAAUGCAGCCAGGGAGCCACCACUCAGCCUCUCACACUGUUGUUGAUGGGCCUGGCGGUAGUAUCAUGUUGCAGACUCCAUCCGAAGCAUCUCUCAAUGAGCCUAUCAUGGCUGGUAUGUGCCACUGGAGAACAGACUCUGAUGAUGGCUUUAACAUGGCUCAGUCACUAUUCGCCUUCACUGACAAAACGACUCAAGUUGAUUUUAUCAAGAAUCAUUGCGAGGUAUUCAAGCUGCCAGCCGCACUAAUGCAAGACGUAGAGCUUUUGGCACAGCUCUCAAAAAUCGUUAGUGAGUUGCUCUCUUCUAUUCGCGGUAAUCUCAAGGCCAAGUUGGUCAUAUUGAUUGCCAAGCAAUAUGCAUUUUUACAACGCUGCUUGCGAAUCUUCCUUAUUGGAGUCAGUGACUAUAAAGCCAUCCCACUCAAGGACCUUUACUCAAGCUCGCUCAUUCCCUCUCUUCAUAAAGACCUCCGCAUCAAAAUUGCAAUGACACUCGAUUGCGAAGUAGGCACAGAGGCGGACGAGAAUGGCGAGCAGCAUGGAGAUCAACCUGGAGUGAGCAACGACACUGGUGGUGAUGGUGACCUUGGAGAGGGAGGACACGUGAUGGACAACCGAGAGGAAGAUCAAUUUCGCGAGAAUCAUGAUGAAGAAGCUGGCCAGCAAGAACCCGAUGAGGAUUAUGACGAUGACAACAACAACAACAGUGGCUCUGGAUUUAGCAAAAGAAAAAACGCUAUUCGCAAAGCUGCGAGAGAAGAGGCAGGACCAGAGUAUACGAAGUCAGCCCACAGAACAUAUGAAAAUGCGGUACGAAACCUGCUCGUUGAAUUUUUUCAGAUGGACCUUGUCGAGUUUCCAGGGAGCAUGGUCGUUCCUAAGCUCCUGAAAACAACUAGCCCUCAGUGGCAGACGACCAUCCAGGACUCACUGCUUUGGGGCUGA